UGUUUUUCUGCUCAAUUAAUUGCAUCAACCAAACAAGUCCACCCAUUGAUUUGACACCAUGGAUAUUGGUGGUCUUACAACAGUGGUAGCCAACUCUGCAUACAUUUCAGCCCGUGGAAGCUUCGACGGCACAGCGAACCCAGCAGCAAAUCGGGACAAAAAGUACCAUGCCAAGCUCAAACUACCUCACAUCACAGUAUGCGAGGGCCUUAGGGAGACACUGGACCUCCAGUUUAACAGUAUCUGUGUCGAACAACCCAUUGGCAAGCGCCUGUUCCAGGAAUACCUAGAAACGGCUAAUGAGUACAAGGGGCCGUGUCGCUUAUGGAAGGAUGUGGAGGAAUACGACACUGCUGAGGACAAGGAUCGUGUUAGUAAGGCUGCAAAGAUCCUCCAACGCUACAUGGACCCUGCAGCCAAGUACUUCUGUCCCUUUCUGCCUGAAAAUGAUAUCACCAAGGUGAAAGAGCGGCAUGAGGAUGCUUCAGAUGACUUGUUUGUUGACAUUCUAGCCUGCGUUCUUGAUUUCCUUAAGGAGGUCCCAUAUACCUUCUACCUGGAGACCAUGUACUUCAAGAGGUUCCUGCAGUGGAAGUGGCUGGAGAUGCAGCCCAUUGGUGAGGACUGGUUCCUGGACUUCCGUGUGCUUGGCAAGGGGGGCUUUGGUGAGGUGUCUGCCUGUCAGAUGAGGGCCACAGGAAAGAUGUACGCCUGCAAGAAGUUGAAUAAGAAAAGACUAAAGAAGAGGAAAGGCUAUGAGGGUGCCAUGGUGGAGAAAAGGAUUCUGGCUCGUGUUCAUAGUCGAUUCAUUGUUUCCCUGGCCUACGCCUUCCAGACCAAAACAGAACUUUGUCUGGUCAUGACCAUCAUGAAUGGAGGAGACCUGAGGUACCACAUUUAUAACGUAGAUGAAAAUAAUCCAGGCUUUGAUGAGCCCAGGGCAUGUUAUUAUGCAGCUCAGAUCAUUCAAGGGUUGGAGCACCUUCAUCAGAAGAAAAUCAUCUACAGAGAUCUGAAACCUGAAAAUGUUCUUCUUGACAAUGAAGGUAAUGUGCGUAUCUCUGACCUUGGUUUGGCUGUGGAGUUAGCAGACGACCAGGAGAAGACGAAAGGCUAUGCUGGGACUCCGGGAUUCAUGGCCCCCGAGUUGCUGAAAGGAGAAGAGUAUGACUACUCUGUAGAUUAUUUUACUCUUGGGGUCACUGUGUACGAGUUCAUUGCUGCCAAAGGUCCCUUCAGGACUCGAGGAGAAAAGGUGGAGAAUAAAGAGGUGAAGAAACGCAUCCUGAAUGACCCAGUAACCUACACGGAGAAGUUCAGUGAGAACGCAAAGUCCAUAUGUGAGGCCUUGCUAGCCAAGGAAGUGGACAAGAGGAUGGGCUUCAAGAAUGGGACUUGUGAUGAGUUGCGUGCGCACCCUUUCUUUGGCAGCCUCAACUGGAGGAAGCUGAAUGCAGGGAUUCUGCCACCUCCAUUUGUCCCUGAUUCGAAAACUGUGUAUGCCAAGGACCUUGAUGAUGUAGGUGCAUUCUCCACUGUGAAAGGGGUUAACCUGGAAGACAUGGAUAAGGAGUUUUUCGAUGAGUUUGCCUCUGGAAACAUCUCCAUUCCCUGGCAGGAGGAGAUGAUUGAGACAGGAAUCUGUGGCGAGCUGAAUGUUUGGGGUCGUGGUGGCACCGUGCCUGACGAUCUGCGGCGCGAGUCUAUCCUGGAGCAGCCUCCAAAGUCUUCCACUUGUACCAUAUCAUAAAGGCUUCGAUAUAAAGAGAACUCUUUCCCCUUUCCUUAAUACUCUCUGAUUGGGUUGAUGACUGGACAUAAAGAGAUUCAGGAAUGACC